UCUUGCUCCCAGGAAACAUACUGGACUAAGGCCAUAGGAAUCUGAAGACCUCUGUUUCUCCUAGAAGAGGUGGAGAAGCUAGAAACACUAACAUUUAAAAUAUGUAGAGGAGUUAAUCUGCAAAAAGCAUGCGCGUACUGAUGCUAUGGAAUGAAAGUGUGUUCAUUUGCAGAUGAAGAAAAUGAUCAGCUGGAAGGUGGAAAUGGUCAGACAUAACCUUCUUUCUGGAAGCUGAUACGUGAUUUAGCUUUAGGAGAUUUUCCAUAUAACUUCCAUACUAUUUUGUGAUUUUAGGAAUUGUCACCUUGGUUUAACAGAAGGUGAUAAAGUAAGAAGGAGAGAUGGGAAACCCAGAAAACAUUGGAGAUGCAUAUGUUGCUGUGAUUCGUCCAAAAAAUACUGCUAGCCUCAAUUCUCGGGAGUAUCGAGCUAAAUCCUAUGAAAUUUUGCUACUUGAAGUUCCCAUUGAAGGCCAAAAGAAAAAAAGAAAGAAAGUUUUGCUGGAAACUAAACUUCAAGGAAGCACUGAGAUAACCCAGAGCAUCUUGGAUUAUGUAUUAGAAGCCACCAAACCAAUUUCACCAGCCAAUCAGGGUAUUAAAGGAAAGCGUGUGGUGUUAAUGAAGAAGUUUCCUCUAGAUGGAGAGAAGGCAGGCCAGGAGGCAUCUCUCUACAUUGUUCCAACUGUUGUGAAAGAUAAUACAAAAUAUACAUACAGUCCUGGAUGCCCUGUGUUCUACUGUUUACAAGACAUCAUGAGAGUCUGCAGCGAAUCCAGCACACACUUUGCUACACUAACUGCAAAAAUGUUAAUUGCCUUGGAUAAGUGGUUGGAUGAACGGCACACCCAGUCUCACUCCAUCCCAGCUUUAUUCCGACCAUCUCCUCUUGAGAGAAUUAAAACAAAUGUAAUAAACCCUGCCUAUGCUAUAGAACCUGGUCAAACAGAGAGCUCAUUGCACAUGGGUUAUACUGCCCUGGAAAUAAAGAGUAAAAUGCUGGCAUUGGAGAAAGCAGAUAUGUGUAUCUAUAAUCCUUUGUUUGGAUCUGACCUUCAGUAUACCAAUAGGGUUGACAAGGUGGUAAUAAAUCCAUACUUCGGCCUUGGAGCCCCAGACUAUUCAAAGAUUCAGAUUCCUAAAAGAGAAAAGUGGCAACGUAGCAUGAGCAGUGUCACAGAGGACAAGGAACACCAGUGGGUAGAUGAUUUCCCUCUUCACCGCAGUGCUUGUGAAGGCGACUCUGAUUUACUAAGCCACCUUCUGGAUAAAAAGUUUUCUGUUAAUCAGCUGGACAGUGACCACUGGGCACCAAUCCAUUAUGCAUGCUGGUAUGGAAAAGUUGAAGCCACUCGAAUGCUGUUGGAGAAAGGGAAAUGCAAUCCAAAUCUUUUGAAUGGUCAACUUAGCUCUCCUCUUCAUUUUGCUGCUGGAGGUGGGCAUGCUGAAAUAGUACAAAUUCUGCUAAAUCAUCCAGAAAUUGACAGACACAUUACUGAUCAACAAGGAAGAUCUCCGCUAAAUGUCUGUGAAGAGAACAAACAAAAUGAGUGGGAAGAAGCUGCAAAACUACUGAAGGAAGCCAUAAAUAAACCUUAUGAAAAGGCUCGAAUUUAUCGUAUGGAUGGGUCAUAUCGCUCUGUCGAGCUGAAACAUGGAAACAACACAACUGUCCAGCAAAUAAUGGAGGGCAUGCGCCUGUCUCAAGAAACUCAGCAGUACUUCACUAUCUGGAUCUGUUCUGAGAACCUCAGUCUCCAGCUGAAGCCAUAUCACAAGCCUUUGCAACAUAUUCGAGACUGGCCUGAAAUAUUCACUGAACUGACAAACUUGGAUCCUCAAAGGGAAACCUCACAGCUUUUCCUGAGAAGGGAUGUGAGACUUCCACUGGAAAUAGAAAAAAAGAUUGAGGAUCCAUUGGCUAUUCUUAUACUUUUUGAUGAGGCCAGAUAUAAUUUACUCAAAGGUUUUUAUACAUCACCCGAUGCAAAGCUGAUUACACUGGCAAGUCUUCUUCUACAAAUAGUCUAUGGAAAUUAUGAGAGCAAGAAACAUAAACAGGGCUUUCUAAAUGAAGAAAAUCUUAAAUCUAUUGUACCAAUAACUAAACUGAAAAGCAAAGCUCCUCAUUGGACAAACAGGAUACUUCAUGAAUACAAGAAUCUCAGCACCAGUGAAGGUGUCAGUAAGGAGAUGCAUCACCUUCAGCGCAUGUUCUUGCAGAAUUGCUGGGAAAUCCCUACUUAUGGAGCAGCUUUUUUCACAGGACAGAUAUUCACCAAAGCAAGUUCAAGUAGCCAUAAAGUCAUCAAAGUGUAUGUAGGAGUAAAUGUAAAAGGGCUGCACCUCCUCAACAUGGAAACAAAGGCUUUACUCCUGAGCCUAAAGUACGGUUGCUUUAUGUGGCAGUUGGGAGAUGGAGAUACGUGUUUUCAAAUCCACAGUCUGGAAAACAAAAUGAGCUUUAUUGUGCAUACCAAACAGGCAGGACUCGUUGUAAAACUCCUGAUGAAAUUAAAUGGCCAGCUAAUGCCAACUGAAAGAAACGAGUGAUGGAAAUGAACAGUAGUUACAAGAUGGCAUCUGAUGGCUGAGCAAAAAACAACUUUUUCCUCCUCGUAACAGGACUUCCAUGUACAUUAAUUUUACACAAUAGAAAAGUCAAUUUGUACAGUUUUUUAACUUUGUACAGAAGCUGCAUGGUUUAUUUUUUUAAAAAAACUAUACAACAUAUCUAUUAUUUUUAUAAAUAUUUUUGUGUUUCAUAUAUUAACUAUUGUAGGGCUGAGCUUAACCAAUAAAGCUGAUGAAAUCUGAAUGGUUUACCUAGUUCGAUAAGCAUGAAUCCAGUAAAGCUGUUGUUCCCAGAGAAAUAUGGGACUACCAGUGCCAUUAAGGAAGUCUCAGUUAACCGAUUUACCCUUCAUGUCAUUGUGUGGAACACCAAGGAGGUGGUAUAUGUUGCAGUAUUUUGUAGACACCCUGUAUUUUUAAGAUACUAUUGAUAAAUAUGCCUAAAGGACCAGUUAGACCAGUUAGACCUUUGAGCAACUACUUUUGAUAAACUCUUGUUGUCUAUUUGGGUCAAAUGGGCAGACAUUUUAGCUUGCUUUAUUUUCACUCUUAACUUUCUCAUACUUUGUAUUCAUAUUUAUUCUAAAAUACUGCAUGAGGAUGCCAAAAGGGAAAUACUUUAAAUCAUUCAGAAGCCAUAUUGAAUGUUUUGCAUGCUUGUUUUGUAAAAUGGAUUUUUACUUUUGCUGUGCAAUAUAUGUAUGGAGGAGAGGGAGACAGGGAUUUACAGAUGAACCUUACUCAGAGGACUUUAGAAAGUUUUAUAAAUCCUACCCUGGAUUGCAACACAUAUGCAGUAACAAAAGCUCAUACGGGAGGUACUAAGUUAUUUCUCUUAAAUUAAUUUUCCUACUGAUUAAUUCAGUUUCUUCAGGCUAAAAGCAGUGCAGGAUGCAAGAAUGAAGAUAACAAGGAAGUCAGAGAUUGUAAGCAUUCUGCCUGCUCUUUGUAGAGUCAGGGUUGGGGCUCAACAAGUUGGGUCCCAAGUGUAGGGUGGGAUCCUAUGCAGUCUGAAACAUAUUCUUGUACAUUAAAAUAGUAUCUGUAACGCAAAUCUUUGAAGUUUCUGGUUGUAUUUCAGGGUUUUAAGUGCACUUGACUAUUUCUUCCGUGUAAACUGCAUGCUAAAACAGUGUGCAAUAUUUUGUAAAAAAAAAGCUUUUAUAAAAAAAUAAAAAUUAGCACUUGCCUCUAAGUUUUCAAAUAAAAGCUAAAAUGAAUGUGAAGCACUGUGCUAUUGUAUAGUAACUUUACUCAUACCUUACUGGUAACUGCAGUUUAAGAAAUUAAAGUAGUAAGCCGUUAAAAACGUGAACGGGAGACUUGUAUUUUGUAUUCUUCUUAGCAAGCUGUACUUUUCUACUUAAACUUUACAGGCCUAAAUAAAAGUAAAUUUUCAUGAAUUGUUACGCUUUAUUUAAGGUAAAUAAUGCAAGUCAGGUCCUUCAUCAUGCAUCCCUGCUAUCACUUGGCACUGGUAUCAGAAAUACAUUUCUUUAUAUAGCACUUUCUUAGAAAACUAGAGGAAAAUGUUAGGAAGGUUUGUCAGUUGCCUAUAUAACUAUACUAUCAAUAUGCCUUACUGCUGUAUAGUCCUUUCUGCUAAAUUCUUAUUUAUUACUACCUAAUAAAUUGUUUGCAACAAGUCA